AUGUUUAUGGCAAGAUCUGAAUACGACCGAGGCAUCAACACCUUCUCCCCCGAAGGUCGUCUCUUCCAGGUCGAAUACUCUCUCGAGGCCAUCAAGCUCGGCUCCACGGCCAUCGGCGUAGCCACAUCCGAGGGUGUCAUCCUCGGCGUCGAGAAGCGAGUCACCUCCACCCUCCUCGAGACCUCCUCCGUUGAGAAGAUUGUCGAGAUCGACCGCCACAUCGGCUGCGCCAUGUCAGGUCUCCAGGCCGAUGCCCGCUCCAUGGUCGAGCACGCCCGUGUCGAGAGCCAGUCCCACGCCUUCAACUACAACGAGCCCCUUCGUGUCGAGAGCUGCACCCAGGCCAUCUGCGAUCUUGCUCUGCGCUUCGGUGAGGGUGCUGAUGGUGAGGAGACUAUCAUGAGUCGCCCCUUUGGUGUGGCUCUGCUCAUUGCUGGCUUUGAUGAGGAUGGUCCUCAACUGUUCCACGCUGAGCCCAGUGGUACCUUUUACCGCUACGACGCCAAGGCUAUUGGCUCUGGUUCCGAAGGCGCUCAGGCUGAGCUACAGAACGAAUACCACAAGUCUUUGACGCUCACAGACGCAGAGACCCUUGUCCUCAAGACGUUGAAGCAGGUCAUGGAGGAGAAGCUCGAUGCCAAGAACGUGCAGUUGGCCAGCGUGACCAAGGAGAAGGGCUUCAGAAUAUACACAGAUGAGGAGAUGGCCACAGUCGUGGAGCGACUGCCAGCCAACUAA